AUGGGAAACUCGAUAAGUCACAUCUCUGGUAGACAAUCUGGCAUGAACGUUAGCACUAGUCCGCAGGAUACUGCGCAAUCCUCGAAGCGUAACAUUGAGUUUGAUGAUUCGGCAUCCCCUCGAAAGCGACGUCUCCUGGAAUCCUAUUCCACGGGUGAUAUCCACCAGGUUAUUGCUACACAGCUACAACCCUCAACUAUAUAUCGUUGUCACACCGACUUUACGAACCCCGUAGCCAAGCGUUUGUACAGGGAGGCGUCUGACGUUUCUUGA